UGAAGUCUACAGGUGAGUUUUUCGGUUGGACUUGGCAAAGCCUACCUCAGUCUCACCCUCACCUGAAAUGCAACACUGCCUUGCAGUGCAGACGCCCGUAGGGGCACAGACUUGGGCAUAAUGGUAUAGUCCUCUUACAGGACUUUACAUCAUCAGCUCCCUGAUGGUGGCCUGUCUCAGGCCUCGAAACAUGGUCAUCAAUGCCUAGUGUCGUUAGCCAGCCUGAUGUUGCUCCUUUAGCGAGUGUGGAAGUUCAGACUGCACAUGUCCUGACCAUUGACAGCCUUUAUGCCAGAACAGCAAGGGAACCCUGCAGCAGGAGCUCAUUGGACAGUGCCAGCAGCUCAUUGGUAGUGGCCCAGACUAGGGUCCAAAUGGGCGGGGCCAGUAGAACUGUUGAGAUCAUAACUAAACACUUGUCCAUAGCAUGCCUUAGUGCAGCUCUGUUAGUAGCACAUUGUCCCACAUUAUCCUGUCUCCUGAUGUUAUAGUACUUCAUUUGACUUCUAAGUUAACUUAAGAGCCCCCCUAUGUGAUCAGCCUUGCUUUCUGUGGUUGUCAGGACACUGUUUUGAUGAUGAUGAUGUUGAUGAUGAAGAUAGCAUUGCUGUGUUGAAUUGCUUGGGUCUGUAGCCUUUCUGUAGGUUUAGGCAGGUGUCUGCAGGUGUUCAAGAGGACAGGGCUUUCAGGGUUAACGCACCGGCUUUUUCCAAGGAGAGCUUCUGUCACUGUCUCUCUGCGGGGUAUGUAACAAGCUUCUCUGUCCUGCACUGUCUGCCUGCUCCACAGCCCCUCCCCCAGGUAACCUCAAGGUCACCUAUGUGUCUACAUGUGAUUGGCAGGUCUCUCAGGACCGGGCCCUGAUAGGGCCACGCCUUUAGUAAUGUGACCAAAGCUACAGCAACCACCGCGACAGGUGGGCCAAACUGCUCGUCCAAUCAGACUCGGCUUCCAAAACGAACUUUGUGAGAAGGGGUGGAAAUACAUCCGCACAGGCAACCCCCCCCCAGGCGUGCGUGCGUGUGUAUGUGCGCGUGUGUGCGCGUGCGUGUGUGCAUGCAUGCGUGCAGGGGUGGGGGGCGCUGGACUCUCAGCUUGCCACUCCCCCUGGAGGGACAUGUGACAGAGGCUGUUCUUCAGACUUCACAGGCCGUCCGUUAAACUGCGGAGGGAAAUAUCGCGGGAGGCGGGGCGCGGAGCCGUCCAAAGCUGACAGGGCGUGUGCCGUGCACAGGGUAGGAGUCUGGUCCUUGUUAGCCGCACGCAUGUCGUGCGACGACGCCGAUCCACACCGACUUCAGCCGGCAGCCCGUGUUGCAUGCCGGGGCCAUAAUCGGCCGCAAAGAACGCUUUUUUUUCUUUUUUUUUCCCUCCCUUGUGGCGUGCUUGGACUGCUAAGCCCCUGGAAGGGCCAGGACACAGAAUGUAAGGGUGUGGGACACUGGGGGUGCACUGGGACCCCCCCCCCCCACCGCGCAUGGAAGCGCAGGAUGGACCCUCCCGAUAGACAUUGCUGCUUUUGUUUAGUGCCACGUCUCACUCUGGACAAAGGAGACAAAGAAACUGUGUGUCGAGCGGUGGCACCUGGAGUGGGGGCGCGGAAGCCACCGGAAAGGGCCCGUGGCCCUCUGGGACUCUGCGACUGGACUGUGGUCCUUACUGCAUCUGCUCUGUUCCUGCGUUGUUAAUGAAGCCUGUUUUGUGAUUACCUGGGUUCACACUUAGCCUGACUUCUAUGCUAAUAAACGAUGGUGACACCUUGAACUGUGUGGGACUGGCACUCUGCAAAUGGUGUGGGUGUGUGUGUGUGUGUGUGUGUGUGUGUGUGUGUGUGUGUGUGUGUUUGCUGAGUGUGUGCAUUUGGAUAUUUGAGUGGGCACUGUUCAUGGCUGUAUCACUUUUUGGUUCUCUCUCUCUUUCCCCCUCUCCCUCCCUUUCUCUCUCCCCUUAUCCUGCACUUUCUGUGUAAUUAAAGUGCUAAUGUUUGUUUUCAGGCAUUAAAAACAGAUUCCUCACUCAGCCACACGACCAUGUGACUGUAGGUAUGAUGUCGCUGAUUCCGUGGGACUGAAACUCAGAGAGAUGUUGUUGCCGUCGUCAUUGUCUUAAUGUGGAAUGUGCUGGAAUGAUUGUCUCAAAAUGGCCCUGCCGGCUUUUAUUUGUUUCUCUUGUUCUUUUUCAAAGGACCUUAAUAGAAAAAGGCCAGCACAGGUAAACGCUGGGCGUACGCCUUCCGAGGCGCGAGUACUAAUCAGCGGAGGUAUUGCGGCGUGUCUGUACUGUUUCUGAGGAGAGAGUGGAUAUUGUGAUGCUGCACUGGAAUGGCAUGAUUGGCUGAGGCUGCUGAUGAUGGCGGUGAGUGGGUGGGGACAGCCAGUGGGGGUGCAGUCAGUCACGCUGCCUGUGUUGUCUUGCCCCUCGUCCACAGGCCUUCGUGGUGAAGCGGUUGCUGGAGUACACGCAGCGGGCCGAGCCGGACCUGCCCUACGGCCUGCUUCUGGUGCUGUGCCUGCUGGCCACGGAAAUGGUGCGAUCCUGGUCCCUGGCUCUCACUUGGGCCCUUAACUAUCGCACGGGUACGCGCCUGAGAGGUGCUAUCCUGACCAUGGCCUUCCAAAAGAUCCUGCGACUGAGGAGCAUGAAGGACAAGUCCAUGGGCGAGCUGAUCAACUUGUGCUCCGGCGAUGGACAGAGGAUGUUCGAGGCAGCCGCCGUGGGCAGUCUUCUGGCUGGAGGGCCGCUCAUCGCCGUGCUGGGGAUGAUCUACAACCUGAUCAUCUUGGGGCCCACAUCCCUGCUGGGCUCUGCCGUCUUCAUCCUCUUCUACCCUGCGAUGAUGUUCAGCUCAAGACUGACGGCCUACUUCAGGAGGAAAGGCGUGACCAUGACGGACCGGCGUGUGCAGAAGAUGAACGAGAUCCUCAACUCCAUCAAGUUCAUCAAGAUGUAUGCCUGGGUCAAGGCCUUCUCUCAGGAAGUGCGCCGCAUCCGUGAGGAGGAACGUAAGAUCCUUGCAUGGACAGGAUACUUCCAGAGCAUCACAGUGGGCGUGGCUCCAGUCGUUGUGGUGAUAGCCAGCGUUGCCACGUUUUCCGCCCAUAUGCUCCUGGGGUAUGAUCUCACUGCAGCCCAGGCAUUUACCGUGGUGACAGUCUUCAAUGCCAUGACAUUUGCGCUCAAGGUCACACCCUUUUCUGUCAAGUCUCUGUCUGAGGCGUCUGUGGCCAUGGAGAGAUUUAAGAGUCUGCUCAUGAUGCCAGAGGUGGAGAUAAUCCAGUCGUGCCCACAGCGCCCCCAUGUGGCUGUCGAACUCAGCAGUGCCAGCUUCGCAUGGGAGACCAGUGGGCACAGUGCCCAGCCCACACCCCGGGGCACUCCCUCAGUGGGCUUGGCCCAGAGGCGUGGCCACAAAAAGCCUUCAGAGAAGCUGGAAGUGGGGAAGCAGUCAGAGGAUCCUGGCAGGCAGCUGCUGGCUGAAGGCGAACCGGCCGGAGCCGAGGGCGAGGCCACGCCUAUCCCCACAGUCAGCCAGCGGCUCCAGAGAACCCUACACUGCAUCGACCUCUCUGUGCCCAAGGGCCAGCUGGUGGGCAUCUGCGGUAGCGUGGGCAGUGGCAAAACAUCGCUCAUCUCUGCCAUUUUGGGCCAGAUGACUCUGUUGGAGGGCUCAGUGGCUGUAAAUGGAGACUUUGCCUACGUGGCCCAGCAGGCCUGGAUUCUCAACGCUUCGCUGAGAGAUAAUAUCCUGUUUGGGAAGGAAUAUGACGAAGAGAGAUACCAGAAGGUGCUUGGCUCCUGCUGCUUGAGACCAGACCUGGCCAUCCUGCCCUGUGGAGACCUCACCGAGAUCGGGGACCGUGGCGCCAACCUCAGUGGAGGCCAGCGGCAGCGCAUCAGCCUCGCCCGGGCCCUGUACAGUGACCGCGGCAUCUACAUCCUGGACGAUCCACUUAGUGCCCUUGAUGCCCACGUGGGGAACCACAUCUUCAACAACGCCAUUAAGAAGCAGCUACGCCAGAAGACCGUCCUCUUCAUCACCCAUCAGCUACAGUACCUGGUGGACUGCGACGACGUCAUCGUCAUGAGGGAUGGCAGCAUCACGGAGCAGGGGACGCAUGACGUCCUCAUGCGGCUCAACGGCGAUUACGCGGCCAUGUUCAACAGCCUGCAGCUGGGGGAGGCGCCCUGCGUCGAGGUGACGAAAAAGGCCUCCGGAAACUCUCUGAAGAAACCACCAGAGAAGAAGGCAGGCUCAGUGAAAAAGGACAAACCUGUCAACAAGGACAGUGGUCAGCUGAUGCAGGUUGAGGAGCGUGGGCGGGGCUCGGUGCCCUGGUCGGUCUACGGGGUGUACAUGACGGCAGCGGGCGGCCCACUGGUCUGUCUGCUCAUCCUGGUCCUUUUCAUGCUCAACGUGGGGAGUACGGCUUUUAGCAACUGGUGGCUCAGCUACUGGGUCAAACAGGGCAGCGGGAACACGACAUUGUGGCAGGGGAACAGCUCUGUGGUGAGUGACAGCAUGAAGGACCAUCCUCUGAUGCACUACUAUACUGCCAUCUACGCGCUUUCCAUGGGCGUCAUGCUCAUUAUUAAGGUGGUUCGUGGAAUUGCCUUCGUCAAGUGGACUCUCCGAGCAUCCACCCAGCUCCAUGAGGAGCUGUUCCGGAAGAUUCUACGCAGCCCCAUGAAAUUCUUCGACACAACGCCAACAGCCCGCAUCCUCAACCGUUUCUCUAAGGACAUGGAUGAAGUGGACACCCGGCUCCCGUUCCAAGCAGAGAUGUUCAUCCAGAAUGUGAUUCUGGUCUUCUUCUGCCUGGGCGUCAUCAGCAGCGUGUUCCCCUGGUUCCUGGUAUCUGUGGGCCCCCUGGUUGUUCUCUUCACGGUGCUGCACAUCGUCUCUCGCAUCUUCAUUCGGGAGUUGAAGCGCCUGGACAACAUCACGCAGUCACCCUUCUUGUCGCACGUGACCUCCAGCAUCCAGGGCCUCACUUCUGUGCAUGCUUACAACAAGGGGGAGGAGUUUCUGAACAGGUAUCAGGAGCUGCUGGAUCAGAACCAGGCCCCAUUCUACCUGUUCAGCUGCGCCAUGCGCUGGCUGGCUGUGCGUCUGGACCUGAUCAGCGUGGCUCUGAUCAGCAUCACUGCGCUGAUGAUGGUGCUCAUGCACGGGCAGAUCUCCCCCGCCUACGCCGGCCUGGCCAUAUCCUAUGCAGUACAGCUGACUGGGCUGUUCCAGUUCACCGUGAGGCUGGCGUCUGAGACUGAAGCUCGCUUCACCUCCGUGGAGAGAAUUCAUCACUACAUCCAGUCCCUAGCCUUGGAGGCCCCUGCCCGGAUCAAAAACAAGGCCCCCCCGACAGACUGGCCCCAGGAAGGCGAGAUCGUGUUUCAUGACACGGAGAUGAGGUACCGAGAGAACUUGCCGCUGGUUCUGAAGAAACUUUCCUGCACCAUCCGGCCGAAAGAGAAGAUUGGCAUCGUAGGUCGAACUGGCUCAGGGAAGUCCUCUCUUGGCGUGGUGCUCUUUCGCUUAGUGGAGCCUUGUGGUGGCACCAUCCGGAUUGAUGGCAUCAACAUCUGUGACAUCGGUCUGGCAGACCUACGCAGCAAGAUGUCCAUAAUCCCACAAGAGCCUGUGCUUUUCAGUGGGACUGUCAGGUCUAACUUGGACCCUUUCAACCAGUAUGCAGAAGACCUGAUUUGGGAUGCACUGGACAGGACACACAUGAAAGAAUGUGUUGCCCAGCUGCCUCUGAAGCUGGAGUCCGAGGUGCUGGAGAAUGGAGAAAACUUCUCGGUAGGAGAAAGGCAGCUUCUGUGUGUAGCGAGAGCUCUGCUGAGGCAGUGUAAGGUGCUGAUUCUGGAUGAGGCCACUGCUGCUAUGGACACGGAGACGGACUCGCUGAUCCAGGAGACAAUCCGUAGUGCUUUUCUGGAUUGCACCACGCUGACCAUCGCACACCGGCUGCACACUGUGCUGAACUGUGACCGAGUCAUGGUGCUCAAUCAGGGACAGGUGGUCGAGUUUGAUGAGCCGUCUAAACUUCUGGCCAAUGAAAAUUCUCGAUUCUGUGCCAUGCUGGCAGCGGUGGAGAACAAGAUCUCCGUGAGAGGCUAAGACUGACGUCGGGUGGAGACCCGCGCUGGAGAGGGCUCAGAGUCCCCUCCUCGCCCUCCCAGAUGCUCCAGCCCUGGCCUCAGCUCUGACUGCACACCUGUAUGCACACCUGCAGUACAAGGCACUGCUAGUCAGGGGUGCUGUGCUGAGCUUGGUGAGGCCCUUGGACGUGUGCUGGGGCCGUCCUGGGAGAAGCCUGCUCAGAAAUCUUUCUUGGCUCAGAUGGUCAGGGAUCAACUGGUACUGAACAAUAGAGCUUUACAUGUGUAGCUAUAAUCAUUUAAAAGGGUCUGUUUUUUAGGAUAUCUAUCUAUAUGCACAUAUUUACUGUGGAGAGGAUGUAUGCUGGGUUUAUUUUGUACUGACUUUGUAUGUAAAACAUCACUGUAUGACAUGUUAGUAUAUUUUCAUAUGUGUGUACCUGUCAUUGUAGUCUGAUCUUAAACCGUUCAACGAUUUAAUGGUGUUCAGAGCUCUGUGAUGCUGUUGUCAUGUGACUCAAACCAUGGACCCUGGCUAGGGUGAUUUGCGCACAUGCCCAGAGGUGUUGUUCAGGUGGUUAAGUCACACAAACCUGUGUUCCUUCAGCUCCACGCACAUUUCAAAUUAGCUGCUGGAAGGAUAUAGCCUGCUUAUUCUAAGGCAGGGGUAUGAAACUCCAGUCCUGGGGGGCCAGACCCCUACGCAGUUUUGGGUUUCCCCAAAACACACCUGAUUCACCUCCUUGCACUUCCUUGAGCUAAUUAAUACACAGCUCUUGAGCUGAAUCAUUUGUGGUGCGACAGGGAAAAAACUAAGCCACGCAGGGCUCCAGCCCCCCAGGACUGGAGUUUGACACCCCUGUUCUAGAGCUCCCCCAGCUGGUGGGUUAGGGCUCUCUAAAAGUGUGUCAUGUCAGGACCUUAAUCCAGGGCUGCUAUCUGCUACCAGGCUUUAGCCUGGGAAACUGCUGUAACAACAGCCCUCUGAUGGACCUUACAGUGCGUGUGUGUGCACACGCGUGUGUGUCUCUGUGUUUUUCCUAGUUUUAUUGCCUUAGCAUGAUGCGUUAAGCGCAUUGAAGAGGCAAGAAGGGAGCAGAUGUCUCUUUAAGAUAUGUUAAUAAACCUAUUUUAUGGAUA